AUGGAUUGGUACACCGCUUUCAUUGAACAGGAACAAGCAAGCCGAGCAGGGUCUCUUGUAUCCUCAGAAGGGAUAAUAGAACGGGCGAUGAAAAGAGAACGGGCGAUUGCUAACGCCGCGACCCGCUAUAUAGCCCACCCCCGGGCGAUUCUCAACUCGCAGGUGCCCGUCAAUGCCCUCCCUAAUGAAUUGCUUGCAGAAAUCUUCGUGGAUGUUCAGCGCGAGGACUUGUCGUUGUCGUGCCUGCAGAUGACCGGUGUUUGUCGGCAUUGGCGAGCACUGGCUACUGCUACGGCCGCCCUUUGGACGAACAUCGACCUCUCAUGGCAUCCGGCUUGUGUGCGUCAUUUCUUCGAGCUGUCAGCGGACAUGCCGGUGGACGUGUACUCCAUGUCGGAACUCGAAGUCGAUGAUGUAGUCGAGAUGAUUUCGCCAUACACACACCGUAUCCGCGGUUUUGUGUAUGGACUCGGAGACGAAGAGGCGGACAACGUUUCCGAGAUGAUAACCUCGCUUGGUUCCGUGCUCCCCAACCUGCAGACUCUUGAGUUGGAUUCGCCUGAUGACUCGCUCGAGCCUUUUGGUGGUCAUUUUCCCCUUCUCCGUUCCCUCAAAACAACAGGAUUUUCCUUCUGGUUUAUAUCGGGGAUGCUCGUAAAUCUCGUCGAGUUGGAGAUAAAUGAGGUGCCGACCCGUCCGGAAAUGAUGAAAUUGCUACAGGGACUAGCGGCUUGUCCCUGCCUCGAGCGUUUGAGCUUGAGUAGUUCCUUACCGCAGCAGGAUAUGAAUGCUCAAGCUUCUCUCGUUGGCCCAGUUUCGUUACCCAGGCUCAAGUUGUUUGACAUCUUCGACGACGUGAUGUACAUCGCGCGAUUCUGUGCAUAUCUCGCGCUUCCUGCUGGUACCUGCGUUUCACUGCACUGUCGUGCAUUCCGGUACUUGGCUACCACUAACCGUCUUGAGCUUGAGCCCCACCAUAUCGUUGUACCCCGUUAUGAUCAUUCCAAAUGGCCGGUUUAUUCCAAAGUUCAGUCCAUCAGGCUCUCUGCAACUUCUAAAGACGAUUGGACACAGCUUCAUGCUUACCCUGAUCCCGACUUGAGGGGCUACCCUUCGAUACUCAUGCAUUUUCCUCACGAGACUCACAAGACCAUGGCACAUUGCUUCGUUGAUGUCUUGAAUCAAUGCGGGGAUGUCUUCUCUGCGUCGCCUGUUGUCAGAUUCGUCGUCGUAGGUGAACCGGAUGACCGCACGUGGUGCUACGGAGACGAGCCUGAGGUUCUUCUGUCCGCCAACGUCUGGCGCAUGGCGCUUCUCUGCCUUCCGCGUCUCGAGCACCUCGAAGUACGAGGUAGGGACGACGUCGAGCUACUCUUCGAGGCCCUUGGCCCGUUUCCAACAGCAGAUGCGGAGAUAAUCUGCCCGCACCUCAAGACGUUGAGCGUGGGGGUUUGUAGUAGACAAAGGGCGAGGAAGAUGCUCCAGGAUGCUUUGGGUUUCCGUGCGUCUCGUGGCAGCCGGCUGGGGACGCUUACUCUUCCGUUGCAUACCGGGGCGUGGAAUGGGCGGUCGAGGUAUCUGGAGGCAUUCAGCCCUUUGGUUGACAACUUAAAUGUUCGUCCUAGGGAGUAG